AUCAAAUAACGGUCAACAUUGUCCAGCAUUUGGGUUCUCUUUACUUGUAGCUUUGUUUCCAUAAAAUAAUAAAGUUAUUAAGAGACGGCAAUCACUCGCCCAACCAUUUUCCUUCCUCUUCAAAACGCCCAACAAAAAUCUUUAGGCCGGUCACUCUUUCAAUUUCUUUCUUUCUUCUCUCAACAAAAUUCAACCAAUUUUCUUGUUUCUUCAGGUUUGCUUCUUUCACUCCUUUUGUUUUGUUUGUCGUAGCUAGCAUAUCAUGCUUCAGCUUGUAUUUCUCGCUCUUUGUUUGUCUGUCUGUGAGUUCAGCUUGAAGCAACUUAAGAAUCGUUGUAUUUGUUCUUUGUUGGUGUUGAAUUCUGAAGUUUUGGUUGCUUUAUUAUCUGGGUUUGAUUCGUUUUAUCAUUUGGUUUUGUGGGUAUAGGAGGAUUUGGUUCCACUUUAAGGGUUUUGGCACUUUCUAGGUCUAGCUGGAAGUUCGAUCUACAGCUCAUUGAAGCAACUAUGUUGUUAGUUUGGUGAGCAGGUUAUCGAGGACUUGGAAGAAUUAUUGUUAAGCCCAAAUUUGGAAGUGAUAAAAAUCGAUAUCCACUUGUCUAUCAUUUGCCAAUUUCUUGAAUUCUUCAGGGAACUAUGAUUCCUUGACUCGAAUUGUCUUUGGGUGUUGGAGUUUCAGCUACUUUCUUAUCCGGGUUCUCCCUUUUGUCAACUUCACAAAUUGGAAUUUGAAGAAUUCCUUGAGUUUCGUGGUGAUUGUCCAGAAUUGUGCUCUGAGUAGAGUUCUGUGAACAGAAGAUUUGUUGGAGUUGAAUUUCAAGCUAAUUUUCCAUCUGGUUUUCUCAACACAAUUGGUUAAGAGCAGUGGAAGUGAAUUAUUUUGGUUGAACUUAUAAGCUUUAUGGGGUUGUAAUUUUGUAUUUCUUUCACAUCUAUUCAUUUUAUAGAGCUUAGUUGCGGUUAGCUGAAUAUUGAGAUGUUUUCGUUAAGCCUAAAUUCUCAAAGAUGUAAAUGGAGCACAUUAUUUUAUUGAUGAUGGCUGUUUCUGCAUUGGCUCUGUUGUUAUUGGUGCAAUUUCCAAGCGCAAUUGCCUCUGGGUUUGACAUACAAUCAAAGGUUUGCGGUACCGAUCACAUAGUCUAUUCAAAUUUUCAUGAUCAGGAAUUGUUUUACAUUAAUGGAAGUCCUGUAGACAAAGAUUCAUUUUGCAAGCUUGUCCAGUUCCACUAUGCAAAUGGUUGCAUCUCUGAGAGUUAUGAUGGCAGUAACUACUGUGGGCUGGACCUCUCAUUAGCUAAGUCUACUCUCAAGCAAGGAAGAAAACUUUUGCAGAAGGUGGUUGGCGAACAGUCCAAAAACCAUGAUGUUGGUCAUGAUCUUCCUCCUAAAGAGAAGAAGAAUGAUCCUACAACCUUUUCAACUGGCAAACAAGUCGGCUUAGUAGCAACUGGAAUUGUUGUCAUGAGCUGUGGUCUUAUGUGUCCCUGUUUUUAUAGGAAAAGGAAACCAACUGCACACUCUGUUCUUGCGAAGGAUCCAAAUUCAAUGGAUUCAGUAUCCUCUAUUGAUGUGAAUUCUGCUACUGAAAAAGUUCCACCCAGUCCACUUCGGGUGCCACCUAGUCCUUCUAGAUUUUCAAUGUCUCCCAAGCUCAGUAGACUGGGAUCUAUUCAUCUCAAUUUGAAUCAGGUUGCAAGAGCUACCCAUAAUUUUUCUCCAACUAAUCGGAUUGGAGAAGGAGGCUUUGGAACUGUCUACAAGGCCCAACUAGAAGAUGGGCAGGUGGUUGCCAUAAAACGAGCAAAGAAGGAACACUAUGAGAACUUGCGAACUGAAUUCAGCAGUGAAGUUGAGCUUCUGGCAAAAAUUGAUCAUCGGAAUCUGGUGAAAUUACUUGGUUACGUUGAUAAAGGAAAUGAGCGUCUUAUUAUUACGGAGUAUGUGCCAAAUGGUACUCUUAGAGAACAUUUGGAUGGUCAGCGUGGAAAAAUUCUGGACUUUAAUCAAAGGCUUGAAAUAUCUAUCGAUGUUGCACAUGCGUUAACUUAUCUCCAUACAUAUGCAGAGAAGCAGAUUAUCCACCGAGAUGUCAAAUCAUCCAACAUUCUUUUAACGGAAAGCAUGAGGGCCAAGGUUGCUGAUUUUGGAUUUGCCCGACUUGGUCCUAUGGACUCUGAUCAGACUCAUAUUUCAACCAAAGUGAAAGGGACAGUGGGUUACCUGGACCCUGAAUAUAUGAAGACUUAUCAACUCACCCCAAAGAGUGACGUAUACUCAUUUGGGAUUUUACUUCUAGAAGUUCUGACAGGCCGUCGUCCUGUGGAGCUGAAGAGACCAGCAGAUGAGCGGAUUACACUUAGAUGGGCCUUCAGGAAGUACAACGAAGGAACUAUGGUAGAUACGUUGGAUCCAUUAAUGGAAGAAAAAGUAGAUGGAGAGAUACUCAUGAAAAUGUUUGCUUUGGCAAUCCAAUGUGCUGCGCCCAUUCGAGCAGAUCGACCGGACAUGAAAACUGUAGGAGAGCAACUGUGGGCAAUAAGGGCAGACUACCUGAAAAGUGCAAGGCGUGGUUAAGGGGAAAAUAAAAGUAAGGAAAUCUCAAAGUGGCUUCAUAUUCUGUUGUGCUCUUUUAUUUUCAUUUUAUGUUCAGCCUGUGUAAACAAAUUCUAAACAAAUUCCAUUUUACUGUGAAGACAAACUUUGCUUUAA